ACACACGCGUCUCCAUUUACGUGAAGAUGAUGAACACACGCACACAUUCUUGAAGAACAUCUUCAACCCCAUCUUCAUAUCAUCAAACUCGAUUGGAUUAGGUUUAAACUAUAAACCCUAAUUUUUUCGCCCAUCGAUCAUGGCUUUUACUGUAAUCCCCAAUCUCUCUCCUCCAUCUUUUACUCGACUUCAUCUUCAUCAUCAAUCCUAUUCCUUCCAUAAAUCUUCAUCUAAUUCUGCAAUUCACCAUAACCACCACCAUUCCUCCCACCUCCCUCUACAAUCAUCCGUUGAAUUACCACCGGUUCGUGUUCGUGUUUCUCCGCCGCGAGAUCCUCGCCAGGAUUUCUACGUUAAUCUCGGUUUAGCUGUUCGUACUCUCCGCCAUGAUCUACCUCUCCUCUUCUCUACGGAUCUCAAUUACGAAAUCUACAGGGACGAUAUCACCUUCGUUGAUCCUCUAAACAAGUUCACCGGUAUACACAACUACAAACUCAUCUUCAGUGCAUUACGUUUCCAUGGUCGUAUCCUUUUCAAAGAAAUCUCCCUAGAGAUUUUUCGGGUUUGGCAGCCAUCAGAGAACCUAAUAUUAAUCCGUUGGAACCUCAAAGGCAUCCCUCGUGUACCCUGGGAAGCCAAGGGUGAAUUCCAGGGCACUUCUCGCUACAAAUUGGAUCGAAAUGGGAAAAUUUACGAACAUAAAGUCGAUAAUUUGGCUUUCAAUCUUCCACAACAACUAAAACCUGCUAUAUCUGUUUUGGAUUUGGUGUCUGCUUGUCCUGCUACCCCUAACCCUACAUUCUCUUGGGGAAUCGUGGAUUCUACUACCUAUUCGUCUUCGUGGCUAGACUUCUAUCGGGCAGUUAAGAACACGUUGGAUCCUAGCCAAGAUUCUUCAGGUUUGCAAGAUUGCCAACUAGUUGCUACUUGUUCAUAGUGAGUGAUUGAUUAGCUAUACAAACUCUUUUGCAUAUUGUUAUGUAUAUGCAUAUGCAUAUAUACUUA